AUGGCUCUUUUGUUAGAUGAUGUUUUCUCUCUCACCACCAGUCCAACCAUCGUGUUGGGGACCGUUUUUCUCCUGCUCCUUCUCUACGUCGUCUCCAGGAGCUUCACCUCUGAGUUAAUGAGCAAGGAGCCCCCAGGACCAAGGCCUUUGCCCCUGCUUGGAAACCUAUUGCAGCUUGAUCUCAAGAGGUCCUACAAAACACUCUGUGAGCUCUCAGAGAAAUAUGGCUCUGUCUUUACGGUUUACUUGGGAACCAAGAAAGUGGUCGUCCUGGCUGGAUACAAAGCAGUCAGAGAGGCUCUGGUCGGCCACGCGGAAGAGUUCGGAGACCGACACAUCUUCCCCAUAUUUCAUGAUACUCAUCAUGGUCAUGGAAUUGUGUUUGCUAACGGGGAGUCGUGGAAAGAGAUGAGACGUUUUGCCCUGAGCACCAUGAGAGACUUUGGGAUGGGGAAACGACUGGUGGAGAGCAAGAUCUUCGAGGAAUGUCAGUUUCUGAUGCAAAUGUUCGAGCAGCACAAAGGAAAGCCGUUUGACACAGCGUGUCCGAUGAAUUAUGCCACAUACAAUGUAAUCUCCUCCAUUGUGUAUGGAAGCAGAUUUGAAUAUGAGGAUCCUCAAUUCCAAAACCUAGUCAGAAGGUUGAAUGAGAACGUUAACCUUUCAGGUUCUCCACCAAUCCAGGUUUACAACAUGUUUCCCAGACUGGUCCGCUGGAUAAAAACCCAACAGCUCAUACUGAAAAACUGUGAAAAUACGAACGACGACGUCAAAGAUCUCAUCAAGCAACUGAAAGAGACGCUCAACCCUCACUCCUGCAGAGGGCUUGUGGACUGUUUUCUGAUCCGGAAGCAGAAUGUCACCACCAGCCCAACCACCAUUUUGGGAGCUGUUUUUCUCCUGCUUCUUCUCUACGUCGUCUCCAGGAGCUUCUCCUCUGAGAGAAGCAGCAAGGAGCCCCCAGGACCAAGGCCUUUGCCCCUGCUUGGAAACCUAUUACAGCUUGAUCUCAAGAGGCCCUACAAAACACUCUGUGAGCUCUCGGAGAAAUAUGGCUCCGUCUUUACGGUUUACUUGGGAACCGAUAAAGUGGUCGUCCUGGCGGGAUACAAAGCAGUCAAAGAGGCUCUGGUCAGCUGCGCGGAAGAGUUCGGAGACCGACACGUCUUCCCCAUAUUUCACGAUAUCAAUCAAGGCCAUGGAAUUCUGUUUGCAAACGGGGAGUCGUGGAAAGAGAUGAGACGUUUUGCCAUCAGCACCAUGAGAGACUUUGGGAUGGGGAAACGACUGGUGGAGAACAAAAUCUUAGAGGAAUGUCAGUUUCUGAUGCAAAUGAUGGAGCAGCACAAAGGGAGACCAUUUGAUACGGCAUGCCCGAUGAAUUAUGCUACAUCCAAUAUUAUCUCUUCUAUUGUCUACGGGAGCAGGUUUGAAUACGAUGACCCUCGAUUCCAAAAGUUGGUGCGAAGAGCAAAUGAGAACAUACGCCUUGCAGGUUCUGCGUCAAUCCAGGUUUACAACAUGUUUCCCAGGCUGGUUCGUUGGAUAAAAAACCAGCAGCUCAUAGCGACAAAUACUGAAAAUACUAUCAGAGAUGUCAAAGAUUUAAUACUGCAGCUGAAAGAGACACUAACUCCUCACUCCUGCAGAGGACUCGUGGACUGUUUUCUGGAUCGGAAGCAGAAAGAAGAACAAACUGUUAAGGACACUUACUACCAUGAGACAAACCUGAUAUUCGUGAUAACUAACCUGUUUGGUGCAGGCACAGAUACCACAGCAAGCACGCUCAGAUGGGGUUUGCUGCUUAUGGCCAAAUAUCCACAUAUACAAGAUCAGGUCCAGGAGGAGUUGAGUACGGUGGUAGGAAACCGCCAGGUCCAGAUAGACGAUCGCAAGAACCUGCCCUACACUGAUGCUGUCAUCCAUGAGACACAGAGACUGGCCAACAUUGUCCCCAUGGCCCUUCCUCACAAAACCAGCCGUGACAUCACCUUCCAGGGCUACUUUAUCAAACAGGGAACGAUCGUGUUUCCUCUUCUUACUUCUGUGCUGUAUGAUGAGAGUGAAUGGGAGAGCCCACACACUUUCAACCCAUCCCACUUUCUAGACAAGGAGGGUAAAUUCAUCAGGAGAGACGCCUUCUUACCCUUCUCUGCAGGUCGCAGGGCGUGUCUUGGAGAGAGUCUGGCAAAGAUGGAGCUCUUCCUCUUCUUCACCACUCUCCUCCAGCGCUUCCGCUUCACUCCUGCACCUGGAGUUGCGGAGGACGACCUGGAUCUCACACCAUCUGUGGGCUUCACCCUCACCCCGUCACCUCAUGAGCUGUGUGCUGUCAGUCGCCUGUGAGGAAGAGCAUUGCAUUUCAAAUGUGUCUUGUUCUACUGACUAUUAUACUAAAAGAGAUACCUCCAUUCUUUGCUAUAAAUUCAUUUAGAUUUUCUUAUUUUUGUAUGCAGGUUUUUGUCAGUUAUUUCUAAUGCAAAAUGACAAAAAGUAAUUAAUUGAUUAAAACAAGUGUAAUUAGA